AUGGUGAGAGACAGGAAGUCUGCGGUAGGGCUCGCAUUUCGUGGAAAGAUGUAAGAAGAGACCAGGGAGAUGCUGGCAUGCCCUUUCAGGGCCAUAUGUCAUCACUGUCACCACACACAGAAGCACACCCCUGAAGUGCCCUAGAGUCCAUAUGUUUUUGCACUUUAUGAGUUUUGUAAGUAUGCGUAUCGGCAUUCCUGUUGGAGACUCUUGCCUUGUAGGUCAGUACGUUUCUGGAAUAAGAUAUUAGGGGCCUGAAUGCCAUGCUCUCUCAGACCAACAAUUACAGUUGAGUGUGUUAGUGGCUAGACCAGACUCUUGUUUCAGAUCUGGUCAGGUAGACUUGAGUGUGAAACCCCUCAGCUAUGACUAAGUCAUCUGUCAUCUGUGACAUGGUGGAACUCAAACCCUCUUGUUCCUGGUCAAAUUUUUCAAGUCACUUUUUUCAAAGUGUGUCAAUCACCACUGGCACUAUUCCUGGUUCAACGGUUAAAGGGGUAGUUCACAUAAAAAGGUGAACUAACCCUUUAACCUUCCCUCUCAAUGGAUUAUAAAGCUCUAUUCACUGGAUGACUGGUUUCUGUGUCAACACAUCACUUUUUAGCUGCUGUUUUUAUUCCAGAGUUUCCUUCUCAUCACCACUGUUUUUUCUUUCUUCAUUUUUCUUUGGUCCAGGGUCAGUAUGGAAGAGGCAGACCUGGUCAAGGAGCGGCUCCAAGCCAUAACGGUAAACUGACAUCGAGUCCUGGUUCUCUUACAGCAAAUAAACUACUGAAUAAUAUCUGUGUCAAGUACUUUAAGGUUCACAACUUUCUUUUUUAAAUACUUUAUCUGCAGGAUAAGAGGAAAGUCCAAGAGGACAUUGCUCAUAAAAAGUUGGAGAUUGACAAGGAGAAACUAAAGCUUCAGCACUUAAAGGUACAGUUCGGUAAUUUGACCAUCAAUGAAGAGAUAACAUUACAGUUUAUCUUACUGCCAUUUUGUCAAACCACAUUGUUUCAACAACAUUUGCUUAAUUCGUAACUAUCUAAUGACAGUGAGAAUACCAAGUAUCAAAGCUUGCUGACAGUUUUUUGUGUGCAAAAAUAACAUGUCAGACAUGACAGUUAAGACAUAAUGCUGUGUCACCCUGUCUUAUUGUGAACAGAAAAAGUCCUUGAGAGAACAAUGGCUCAUGGAUGGAGCAGCAAUGCAGAGCCCACAGCAGAGAGACACCUUGAGGGGAGAUCAACAACAAACUAAGCUCCUCCAGAACAGCAUUCACAGGUACAGUAAGCCAGGACAACUGAUACUCCAUUUGUGCAUGUCUAAACUGAUCUACAGUAUGUUUACAUUACUGGUUUAACAUGGCUGCCUGAUGGAAUAUAGACCUUGUUAUGUUGAGAUAUGUUUUAACAAAUAUUUCAUCUUGGAUGCUUCAUUUGUUAAAACCUUACCCAUAUAAAACAUUGGUACCACUUACGGUGAAGUUUUCGCUUUUAAAUGGGGACACCUGUUUUAUUUAUUUGAUUUCUAUGCUCAACGGACAAGCACUGCAUCACGUUGCAUGCAUGAACACCCUGGCAACAUGUAUUGGACUGUUUGUGGUGAAGGGCAGUCCAUCAACUGUCCAGUUAGACCUACAUUUGUCCGUAGAUUGGUCUAAGUGGCAGUCAGUGCAUUUCCUGAAAACCCUAAGGUGCUGGUAAUAAGACAGCAGCAGAGUGAGCUUUAGGUUCACCAACUCCCGUAACUGAGAUGGAAGUAACAGAGUUAUUUUUUUUUACCUAACGAAAACCACCUUGGAUUUAAACAAACAGUGCAUUUGGAAAGUAUUUAGACCCCUUCACUUUUUCCACAUUUUAUAACGUUGCAGCCUUAUUCUAAAUUAGAUUUAAAAAAUAUAUUUGUAUCAAUCUACACACAAUACCCCAUAAUGACAAAGCGAAAACAGGUUUUUAGAAUAUACCUUAUUUACAUAAGUAUUCAGACCCUUUGCUAUGAGACUCGAAAUUGAGCUCAGGUGCAUCCUGUUUCCAUUGAUCGUCCUUGAGAUGUUUCUACAACUAGAUUGGAGUCCACCUGUGGUAAAUUAAAUUGAUUGGACAUGAAAAAAGGCACACACCUGUCUAUAUAAGGUUUCACAGUUGACAGUGGAUGUCAGAGCAAAAACCAAGCCAUGACGUCAAAGAAAUUGUCUGUAGAGCUCCCGAGGCAGGAUUGUGUCGAGGCACAGAUAUGGGGAAGGGUAACAAAAAUGUCUGCAGCAUUGAAGGUCCCCAAGAACACAGUGGCCUCCAUCAUUCGUAAAUGGAAGACGUUUGGAACCACCAAGACUAUUCCUAGAGCUGGCCACCCGGCCAAACUGAGCAAUCGGGGGAGAGGGCCUUGGUCAGGGAGGUGACCAAGAACCCAAUGGUCACUCUGACAGAGCUCCAGAGGUCCUCUGUGGAGAUGGGAUAACUUUCCAGAAGGACAACCAUCUCUGCAGCACUCCACCAAUCAGGUAUUUAUGGUAGAAUGGCCAGACAGAAGCCACUCCUCAGUAAAAGGCACAUGACAGCUCGCUUGGAGUUUGCCAAAAGGCACCUAAAGGACUCUCAGACCAUGAGAAACAAGAUUCUCUUUGGCCUGAAUGCCAAGCGUCACAUCUGGAGGAAAACUGACACCAUCCCUACGGUGAAGCAUGGUGGUGGCAGCAUCAUGCUGUGGGGAUGUUUUUCAGCGGCAGGGACUGGGAGACUAGUCAGGAUCGAGGAGCAGAUGAACAGAGCAAAGUACAGAGAGAUCCUUGAUGAAAACCUGCUCCAGAGCGCUCAGGACCUCAGACUGGGGCGAAGGUUCACCUUCCAACAGGACAACGACCCUAAACACACAGCCAAUACAACACAGGAGUGGCUUCGGGACAAGUCUCUGAAUGUCCUUGAGUGGCCGAGCCAGAGCCCGAACUCAAACAUCUCUGGAGAGACCUGAAAAUAGCUGUGCAGCGACGCUCCCCAUCUAACCUGACAGAGCUUGAGAGGAUCUGCAGAGAAGAAUGGGAGAAACUCAUUUACAUUUACAUUUUAGUCAUUUAGCAGACGCUCUUAUCCAGAGCGACUUACAGUUAGUGCAUAAUUUUUUUUUUUAUAUAUAUAUUUUUUUUAAAAUAUAUAUAUAUAUAUAUAUUUUUUUUUUUCAUACUGGCCCCCCAUGGGAAUCGAACCCACAACCCUGCCGUUGCAAACGCCAUGCUCUACCAACUGAGCUACAUCCCUGCCGGCCAUUCCCUCCCCUACCCUGGACGACGCUGGGCCAAUUGUGCGCCGCCCCAUGGGUCUCCCGGUCGUGGCCUGGAUUCGUACCAGGAUCUCUAGUGGCACAGCUAGCACUGCGAUGCAGUGCCUUAGACCACUGCGCCACUCGGGAGACAACUCCCCAAAUACAGGUGUGCCAAGCUUGUAGCGUCAUACCCAAGAAGACUUGAGGCUGUAAUCACUGCCAAAGGUGCUUCAACAAAGUACUGAGUAAAGGGUCUGAAUACUUAUGUAAAUGUAAAUUUCCGUUUUUGAUUUUUAAUAGAUUUGCAAAAAUGUCUAAAAAACAGUUUUUGCUUUGUCAUUAUGGGGUAUUGUUUGUAGAUUGAUGAGGAUUAUUAUUUUUUUAAUCCAUUUUAGAAUAAGGCUGUAACGUAACAAAAUGUGGAAGAAGUCAAGGAGUCUGAAUACUUUCCGAAUGCACUGUAUACAGUAGGUAUUUGUCACUAUUAAAAGAUGGUAUAGUGUUCUGGCCAUUUUGUUUCUUUAGUAAGAGUGAGGAACAUCCACAAAUACACUCAUUCUGCCUCCCCCUUCCUGCCUCCACCCAUCUCAACGGAAUGGACACUUGUUAGUAUUUCACAGGGUAGGUGCCAAUCUGUUAGGGUCGUACCGCUUUGGGGUAUAGCCAUUUGGACUGUAGGUGUCAAGUGGCAGGGUUGUGCCAUUCUAAUGGGGUGAUUUGAUGCCAGUUGGGUGGGAUGGCACAGCAUUGGAUGGGGUUGGCAGAGGUGGGAUGCCCGGGUGGUUGACCCUGAGUCUGUCUGGUGCCAGCCAUGAUCAGUUUGCCAAGUUACACCUCUGACAAGAUAACAGUCAGAAAAGGAAAUCUUCAGAAGAUGAGAAAACUGUCAGUCCACUGAUCCGUUCCUCAUCCCUUCUCUGCCUGUCUAUGAGGUGAUAUGACCUUUGACCCUUUCUGUCUCGGCUUGCAGGAUUGAGAAAGAGAUUGAGGCUCUGGAGAGGGAAGAGACGAUGAUAUCGAAAAACGAGGGCUUCAUACUGAAGAGGCUGAAAGCUAUCGAGAAAACCCCUGAGGAGAUAAUAAAGGUACUUGGACAUAACAUAAUUGAUAUUGAGAUAUUUCUGGCUUAGAUGUUUUGCUUUGGCCACAAUGAGGGUACUGUUAAUCUGAGGAUUUGUUGAUCUGAGUUGUAUCUCUAAAAGUGCUGUUUUUAUGUUGUCUUACAGGAGGCAAAUGAGAAUUUCAAAGAAGGUAAGUCCUUUUGCUAGCUUGCUGAUUGCGGUUUUCAUUUAAUGUAUUUGAUCAAGCAUAUUACACUAUACACAUAAUUGGAAAUACAAAAAUAAACAUUGCUCCUUUUCUUUCGCAGAGCCAAUCCAUAUCGCCCCAGCUAGUCCAGAUGUCCCAAAGUACUACAAACCUCAAAUUUCAAGGAAGCAGUCUAAUAAGGACACACCCAAACAAAGUAAGAAACUUCAUAGUAACAUUAAUUACAACAAUAGCAUGUACUGUAGAUAUGACAAAACCCUAUUUUUUUAAAUCUAACUUCAACCCCUCUCUCUCCAUCUCUCCCGUCCUCGUACUCUCUGUCUCUCCUCCUUCUCUCCUCCUCCAGCCAUGUUUGCAAUGGAGAUCAAUGUCCAGAAGGACCUCCGUACCGGGGAGAGCCGGGUCCUGUCUACAUCCACCGUCACUCCCCUUGAGCUCCAGCAGAGAGGAGUCAAAGUCUAUGACGACGGCCGCAAGUCCGUCUACGCCCUGCGGUCUGAUGGGUCUCACCUGGGGGAUGGCUCUAAAGGAGUGGAUGAGCUCAGCCCUAUGGAGGUGGAGGAGCUGCUACGAGCAGCCACAGAGCAGAAGAAGUCUCAGAGUGGACCUCGGGAACCAGCACCUGCAUUCUCCUCCAACUGUGGCCCUCGUGGCCCCCAGGAGCUCAGCCCUAUGGAGGUCGAGGAGCUGCUCCGAAAGGCUACAGUGCAGAAGAUGCCUCAAAGCGGGGCUUUCCCACGGGACCAUCAGGUUCACCAGGAAUCAGUGCCUGCAUUCUCCACCACCUCCGGUAGGAGGGCCUCGGCCUCAAACAGGCCCCAACAGAGUCAUGCUAAAGUCCUCCAUGGAAUCAACGGGAACGGGUAUCAGCAGGAGUUGUAUGAGCAUGACGUCCUCUCCAGGAAGGAGCUCCACUACAAUGAUGGAGUCCACUACUCAGGGCCGAAGAGUCUCUCCUCCUCCCCUCACAUUCCAGUCCGCUCUAUCAUCUGCAGGCAGGACGAGGAGUACUACCAGCCAACCAGUGGGUACAACCAGAACCCUUUCUCCUACGGCGGGGAGUUUCACCCCACCCACAACUCCUACCAUAGCCCUAGAGAGAGCCAGCAAGGCGGGAUGUUUUACAACUCGUCGGCUAAAAAGGAAACAUCUCCGAUCUACCAGGAAGACUCACACUUCAGUGUCCUGAACGCCAUAGACACGUCUGAGCCUGUCUCUGCGAUCUUUAUGGGCUACCAAACCGCUGAGGAUGAUAGUGGACGUGGUCUGGGCUACGAAGGAUCCAUCCGGGCCGAGCUUGUCGUCAUUGGCGAUGAGGAUGGGGUGGACGAGAGUAACCCUCAGCUUAACUCCUACAACCCAGACGGAUACAACAACUGGGGUUACCAUCACUCUCAACCUCAACAGAAAUUAAUACAGUACAUGGCAGAGCCCACCGCUAAUUUUAACACUAACUACGUGUCACCGUACACAGCGUCAAAGAAGUUGGUCUACCCUGGUCAACAGACCAAAGAGGCACACUACCCGUAUUCAGACGGACAGUUCGACAAGGACAGAACAGUGAAGUACUCAGCCCCAGGUAUCAGAAAUAUUAAAAAUAUUAAAAAGAGAACGAAGCCAUGCUGCUCGCUCAUGUAACCAACCUGCAACUGCUGACACUAGCUAACUAACA